AUGAGCGGUGAACGUUCUCGCAAGCUGGGGAGUUCUCUGGCUCGGGGCCUGGGAAUCAAGGUCGCCUACAGAGAUCCUCUGGGAGCCACCAGCGAUCCGGUGACUCGCGGCGAGUCGACCUUCUCGGUUGGGACCGUCGACACCUACUCCUACAAUGAGCCCGAACCGACCUCGAUCGAAUAUUUGCGGGAGAUCACCCCCUCCGGCAAGCAGUGCUUGAACUAUCUGCUCAGUCUCUUCCCUUUCCUGAACUGGAUUACGCGUUAUAAUAUGCAAUGGUUGAUGGGUGACCUGGUGGCCGGUAUCACUGUGGGUGCGGUUGUUGUGCCCCAAGGUAUGGCUUACGCCAAGCUGGCCAAGCUCGAGGUGCAGUUUGGUCUGUACUCCUCGUUCAUGGGUGUCUUGCUCUAUUGGUUCUUUGCCACUUCCAAGGAUAUCACUAUCGGACCUGUGGCUGUCAUGUCCACUUUGACUGGCGAUAUCGUGCUUCAGGUCAAGGACCAGUAUCCUGAUGUGCCAAGCCAUGUUGUUGCCUCCUGUCUCGCUGUGAUCCUGGGCGGCAUCGUCUGCUUCCUAGGCUUGCUCCGGUUGGGUUUCAUUGUCGAUUUCAUCCCACUCCCGGCUAUCUCGGCCUUCAUGACAGGCUCAGCGCUCAACAUUGCUUCGGGUCAAGUCAAGACCCUGCUCGGCGAAACGGCUGACUUUUCCACUCGUGGUGCGACCUACCUCACCAUCAUCAAUACUCUCAAAUAUCUCCCAACGGCCGGCCUAGAUGCGGCUAUGGGUGUCACCGCAUUAGCCAUGUUGUAUAUCAUCCGCUCCGCAUGCACCUAUGGCGCUAAGAAAUACCCGCACAAGGCUAAGAUUUGGUUCUUUGCGUCCACCCUGCGCACCGUCUUCGUCAUCCUGUUCUACACUAUGAUCAGUGCCGCGGUCAACCUGCAUCGUAAGGACGAUCCCGCCUUCUCUCUGUUGGGCAAUGUGCCUCGUGGUUUCCAAAACGCUGCGGUGCCCAAGAUGGAUCCUAAGAUUAUCAGCGCCUUCGCCGGUCAGAUUCCCGCGGCUGUGAUCGUGCUGCUGAUCGAGCACAUCGCCAUCUCCAAGUCCUUCGGUCGUGUCAACAACUACACUAUCGACCCCUCCCAAGAAUUCGUUGCGAUCGGUGUCUCGAACCUGCUGGGUCCCUUCCUGGGUGCUUAUCCGGCUACCGGCUCUUUCUCUCGCACUGCGAUCAAGUCCAAGGCCGGUGUGCGCACCCCCUGGCUGGCCUCUCUUGCCGGUGUCAUCAUUCACGCCGUCGGUGAUCUGAUCACCCCGCCCAACACUGUGUACCAGUUUUGGCGUGUUGCCCCUCUUGAUGCGGUCAUUUUCUUCAUCGGUGUAUUCGUGACUGUCUUCACCUCCAUCGAAGACGGCAUUUACUGCACCAUUUGUGUUUCCCUCGCUGUUUUGCUGUUCCGUGUGGCCAAGGCCCGUGGCCACUUCCUUGGCCGGGUUACCGUUCACUCCGUUGUGGGAGACCACCUGCUGGACGGCGAUGGCAAGUAUGGAUCAUUUGGCACCACCAAGACUCCUUCCGACGACGAGGACCACGCGCAUCGGUCGAUCUUCCUGCCUAUCAACCGCACCGAUGGCUCUAACCCGGACGUCGAGAUUGAGCAGCCUCACCCCGGUAUCUUCAUCUACCGCUUCUCGGAGGGCUUUAACUACCCUAACGCCAACCAUUACACGGACUACCUGGUGCAGACGAUCUUCCAGAACACCCGUCGCACCAACCCACACGCCUUUCGCAACCCCGGCGACCGCCCCUGGAACGACCCUGGUCCCAAGAAGGGCCAGGAGGAAGCCGAAGAUACCCGCCCGCUCCUGCAAGCCGUCAUCCUGGACUUCUCUUCCGUCAACAACGUGGAUACCACCUCGAUCCAAAUUUUGAUCGAUGUGCGCAACCAGCUUGACCUCUAUGCCUCCCCCCGUUCCGUCCAGUGGCACUUUGCCCACAUCAACAACCGAUGGGCCAAGCGUGCACUUGCCGCCGCUGGCUUCGGCUAUCCCACCCCCGACUCCAACGAAGGGUUCCACCGCUGGAAGCCUAUCUUUAGCGUGGCCGAGAUUGAAGGCAGCGCCUCUGCCGCCGCCCACGCCGAGAUGGUUACCAACGAGCGCGAGCACCAGCUGCACCAGCAUGACAUCGAGAGCGGCCUGAAGUCCGAGGUCAAGAGUACCGGCGCUACCGAGACUCGCGAGACCAGCGGCGUCGAGACCUCGUCGGAAGAGGGCGACGUCAUUCGCGAGGACAAGCUGCAGCGCGACCUGACCGACAGCAAGGCGUACCGAUCGCGCCGCAAGGUCGCGCUCGUCCAGGGCAUGAACCGGCCAUUCUUCCACAUCGAUCUGACCAGCGCGCUGCAGAGUGCCGUGGCGAACUCGUCCAACGAGAUACCGCCACUUUAA